CAGCAACCCCGCCUCCGUCGAGUGUUGAGCCGUUUCAAGAGAAACGAGCUUCCCGGCGUCGUUCAAUGGCUGGUGGGGAACGAAGAAACACCCGUAAGAGGGACGAAACGGGACAUCGUAUCUUCUACGCUCGACGCUUUCUCUGAGAACAAGGUGUCAGAGCAUGCCAUAACAGAACUGGAGCUCAAGUACAUACUGACUCACCCUGACUCCUUACAAUGGAAAGGGUACUCACUGACUUAUGCCAAUGCGUUGGUCCCAUCAAUGGUAGACACAGAUCCACAGAUGUUCUGCAAAAGGUUCCAGGUCUACCUCUCAAACCUGGACUAUGAUAUAGCGGACACUCUCAGCACUCCCUACCACUGGCUGGCCCUUCACAUUGGUGGACAAUGGCCGUGUGGCUUCCUACACCUGCUACAUGGUGCGCUGCCCCCUCACUCCCUGCGCCAUACUGGCCGGAGUCAAGAAACUACACCUCACUACAAUCCUCGACGCCCUGUGUCUGACUGUUGGCUGUUCACAGUGGAGGGACAUGGAGUUGUGUGGCAGAAGCCUCAGUUCUCUCCUGGACCUAAUGCUCAACCAGGCCAGCCAGGGUCCCUACAGUGCAUACAGGCUGAACCAAAAGGACCCCAACCCCCUUCUGGCCGUGAGAAGGAAGCGAAGCAGACACCAUCAAGGUGGUAGCAGUACUGACAGUGAGACAGACAAGAGACUGAAGGCUGCAGCAGAGAGUGUGUUUGGUACAAAUCCUCUCCCAAAACUGGAGAAAUUCACAUUCAAAAUCGAGGCCCCACUGGCGGAGACAGAGGAGCUCAUCUCGUGCAGUGUGAAGUUGUCUGGAUCCAGUGUGGCCCAGGGGCUAAAGCAGUGUGUCCUGUCUGGUGCAGUGGGCCUACCCCUCCCUGGUGUACUCACUGCCCUCACCUCUAGCGCCAGUAACAGUGUCCUGGUCCAGGAAGGCUGUCUGGUUGGUCACACUCACAGUCCAGCAGACAACGACGAGAACCAACACAAUAGAACUUGAAUAACAGGGGUUUGUAUCAAAUUCUAAAAAAUUCAACUACCACAUUGCCUCCAGUUGAAUACAUUUUCCCCUUUGUGUAUAGCUUGUGUGUAUACACCCAUUCUGAAAUUUUGUAUUGUACUCUGCCACUGAUUUUCAUAUGUAAACAUUUAUA